CGUUAAAGUUUACGUCUUUCUCUCAGUAUUAAAUGACAAAUGUAGCAAACCUAAAACUGUAAACUGUCGUUUAGAUCGCUUGCUUUUUUUAAACAUGUGGAGGGAUGUGUAAAUACUGUGUAAAUAGUUGUACAUUUCUACGAAACGUACGAUAAUUGGAUUUGAUUUGCUUUGGGUGAGAGAAAAUUCAAAUGGAUGAUGAGCGAUUCUGAUGAUACCGAUGUUUUACUCCUAAUUCCGCCUGACCUAUUCCUUGUACCAUCAUCAGACUCUGAUGCCAAUUCUGAUCGCGGGAAAGCAGAUUAUAGCAGUGGGAAAACAGGAGUAAUAUCGGAACUUGUGGAGCAUAUGCAAUCGUUAGAAAACAGAAUAACUGCUAUUGAAUUUAAAGAUACUAGCUUAGAUGAUACUUUGCUAAAUAAUUCGUUGGAAUCACAAAUUCACAAUAACCCAGUUGUCAAGUUUAGACAGACAUUACCUAGAACUAAUCUCUAUGUAAGUCAGAGCUGUAGCUUACAAAAUACACCUGUGAAGCCUCGAAAAUCCUUGUCUGUUCCAACAACUCCUAAUAGUUACUCAUUGUCAAACCACACUAAUUUUAAUCAGAAUGACAUGAAAUUGGGGAAUUGUUUUCCUAUGGCUACUGGUACUAAUACAUCUAAUGUUAAUGAUCAUGAUAAGGAUAAGCACGAUCAUCUAAUAUCCCAUUCUGAAUCCUCUGUGGUAUUACCUUCUGAUUCUCGCAGUGUGGGUUUCUCGCAUGCCACUGGUACUUCUACCAAAGGGGAACUUUGCUCUUAUCCUCUAAAGCAUUGUAAAACUACAAGUAAUAUGUACGUUAAACCUUCUACCAAUCAAUUACAUUCAAUGCCAUCUACCUCAACUUUAUUUAGCGUAACGGGACAACCGCAUUUGUGCUCUAAAACUAGUAUACAAAAUAUGGAGCUCUCUGAAGUGAAUGAACUACUUCAAGAAAUGGAGGCUACCGAAUUAGAGCUAUCAAAACGAAUAAAUAGUGUCUCGAAACAUCAGUGUCGCAGAGAACAAAGUGAUACGUUAAUAUCAAACCACAGCAACAAUGCUUCUACUAGCAAAAUUAACAAUGAUACACGUAAAAAUUCUAUUAAUCGAAAAUUGGAGUUUGAAUUAGAAGACUCGAAUGAAUAUUGUGAUAUCAGACCAAUUGUAUCCAAAAAUAUGUGUUCAAAUGUUUUCCCUGAUAUAUCUCUACCAUACAAUAGUUCAUUUAAUUUUGACGAGAGUGAGAAAAUAAUCUCAGAAUUUAAAUUAUGGGGACAAAAUGGACAGAAACCAACAUUAAAAACUGAAGAGGUAGAAAAUAUAAGUGCAUUAAAAAAUGCAAAUAAUAUUGAUAAAUUGAUUGUGAAUGGAAGUAAUAUAAAAAGAAAAGAAUCAGUUAUUAAACAAAUUCCCUUGUGCGCAGAUGAUGUAAAUAGUGUAAAUGCAACUGCUGGUUAUAAUGUACAACCACAUACUGCGCAUAAAAAUGUAGAAUCUUCGUUGCUUAGUGAUUUAGCACAAUAUACUAGUUCUCAACAAAGUAACAGUGUACAGCAAAUGAAACAAAUGCACAAUGGAAUGUGUACUAAGAGCAUUGCUCAUGCUUCAACAAAUACAGACUGUUUUCCGAGAAAAUCACAAAGACUUUUGUCAUUAUCAGAUUUCUGGGAUAACAAUAGCAAUAAAUCGCAAGAAGAAAUGCGUCGAAUUAAAUUAGAAGAAGAAAAAUUUCGCCGAGAGCAUUGCGAACACUUAAUUCAAGAGCUCCAAAAACGAUUGUUAGAGCAACAAGAGAAGGUUGCAGUAGCACUUAGAGUAGACAAUGAAAAGAACGAGUUGAUCGCGCAAUUUAAUAAUGCAUGGUCAAAGCUGAAACAACGCGUUCAUAUUUUAGAAAAUGAAUACAGUGCUUUACAGACAAAUAUGAGAAAUACAACAGAGAAGCAUCAGUUAGAAAUUUCAGAAUUGCAAUCACACAUUAAACGUUGUGAAGGGGAAUUAUCAAAAGCUUUAGAUCUAGCAGCUGGGUACAAAGAAAAAAGUGAUUCGGUGAUGAAGGAAAAGGUAGAGUUAUUAAAAAGUCAUGCUGAUGAAUUAGAGAAUUAUAAAUCAUUUGUACUAGAAGCAGAAACGAAAUGUGAGCAAAUAAAAGUGGAGAACAAUAAAAUAUUAGAGGAAAAGAGGCAAAUUGAAGAAACAUUAAAAAGUCUUCAACAAGAAUUGGGCAAAGAGAGAUUAAAAGGUGGAGAAGUUAGAAAUGAAAUGAAUGUUAUUCAUAAAGCAUUAGAUACUUGCGAGACAGAACUAACUGUACUAAGGCAAGUGAAAGAAAGUUUACAGUUGAAAUUGAAGGAAGAGAUAGAUAGGAAUGCAAUUUUACAACAAAAACAUGCUACACUACUUUUGUCAGUCGAUGAUGCUAAAAAAGCAGAGAAAGAGGCCAAAGAUGAAACAAAAUCUCUUGUGGAAGAGAAAGAAAAAAUUAGGUCAGAAUUACAAGAGGUUUACCAAAAACAAGUUGAUGAAGUAGUGAAAGUUAAGUUAAGAGAAUUUCAAGCUCAGCUUGAUGUCGCUGAGUCUGAAUUUCUUGAAGAAUUAAAAACUCGGCAACAAGUUAUUGCUGAAUGUGCAGCCAGAAAAAUUAAAGAUAUUAUAGAUAAACAUCGAUUAGAAAUAAAUUUACUAGAAGAAAAACAAAAGGAAGAGAAACGGCUAUGCGAACUUCAGUUAGCGCAAGCUUUACAAAAAUCGUCGAUUUUAGAAACGGAACUUCAUUCUCAACGCGCUACUAAAUCUCAGCUCGCAGAACAGCUUCAUUCUGUAAUGCAGAAACAAUGGCUUCAAGCCUUACAAAUUAUAUCAGGUGGAAAUAUGGAAGAUUUGACGCCUCUUCAAAAAAUUCACGCUGAGAGAUUGUUCAAGGCCCCUAAAAAAUCCGAAUCGAUGCCAAAUUGUUUCGCAAAGGUUUUUCAAGAACCAAGUAAAUUAACAUUGCAACCCUCGGAUAUAAAAAAUUUUCACGAUCAAGGCGAAAGUAUGAGUACUAUCACCCCGAUCGACGAUACUCCACUAACAAGUAGAAAGGAGUUAAAAGAUGAUCUUCGUAAAUAUGUAAAAAUGAUCGCCGAGAUGCAACAGUCGAGGGACGAAUAUUUAAAAAUUAGAGAAAGCAUUUCAAGCCCGCCAUUGAUUUGCAGAGAGGUACCACGGAAGCACUAUUUGAAAAAAGAACUAAGCAUAAAGGACGAAGACAGUAUUAUGACAUGGCAACCUGCUCCAUCAGAGACUACACCGGACACUAGCGAAUUCAUUCCAGCUUCACAAGUUUGUACAAAGGGGGAUCAACUGAAACAUAAACCACCGUGGAAAUGACCCACUACUUCUAGUUCGAUAAAUAUCGAUUACGGUAUCGAUGAAGUGGACCAUAUCGAUAUAUUGCAUUUAC